AAGGGUGAAGCUCCACGGCGGAAGGGGGCGGUAGUGAGUCGGCAACGCCGAAAGCUACGUGGACCAAUCAGACGCAGGUAGACUGAAGGCAGGUGAGAAACGCUCAGGGACAAUGUCUACUCAUCAUUUCUGCUUCUUUCUGAGUCUCCUGCUCUAUCUGCAUGGCUACUACCUGACCGGGACUCGUGGCCAAAAGUCUGAUGGCGCCCUGAUGCUGCUGAACUCUGAGGAAGGAGAAGAGGAGGAUGUAACCGUCAAAGAUGAAGAUGAGGAUUUUGAGGUGGUCCAGCCUAAUGACAAGUGGCAGACACUCAGACCAGGCCAGGCUGUACCAGCAGGCUCCCACGUGAGGCUUAAUCUGCAGACAGGUGAGAAGGAGGUGAGACUGGGAGAGGAGCAGAUGAAGUACAGGAGCCAGGAGCACGGAAAGGAUGAAGACAGCAAGUCCUCCUUAAACCCCGAUGUGCUAAAAAAAGCCAUGAAGAAGAUAAAAGAGGACUUGAACCUGGCCAGCAGAGCAUCAGACCACCAGGACUCUGCAGCAUCCAGGUACCGACCUCUAGAGGAGUUAAAGAAGGACAUGGCUGAACUGGACCUGCUGGUGGAGACGGACCUUCAGAUAAUGAGACGUCUGCUGGAUCAGCUGAGCAGCAGCAGUGCGUCCCCAGAGCAGAGGCUGAAAAUUCUGGAGGAGCUGGAGUACCUGGUGCACCAGUGCAUCAGUAUUCUCAGCUGUCUCUACAGGGGGACAUGUUGGACAAUGGUUGGUGUCGCCUGGUUCCAGAGCUGCUGCAGUCUGAGGAGCACGACCACAGGGAGAAGGCUCUGCAGGCUUUACUGGUGAUGGCUCCUCUGUGUUUGGACCAGUACCGCUCAGAUGGCUCCCUGCUGGGCUCACUGCAGACCCUCAAGCUCCAGUAUGCAGAAGUGAUCCAGUCCAAAGUGGCUCUUGGAGAGGACAACAGCUACUUUACAGAGAUCCUGGAACUGAUCGACUCACUGCAGGUCCAGAUGAAACCCGCAGACGUUUUCUGAGCAGACUUUGGACAGAGGAGGACACGUAGAGAUGAUAGAGUGAUCCCUGGAGCUGAUGUCUCACCUGUACCAGUCUGGUUCUGACCUCCUGCUGGAACAGGAACUUUGUCACCCUGUGAUGAAGUGUCCUCUGCUGCUCCUGUGAUCAGAUGGUGUGAUGCUGAAGAUGUGAGCUGGUCAGACCAAUGCAGCAGACCACAGAUGGUAUGACCUCGUCCCACGUUACUGGACAACUCUUCAUGAACAUCUGCUGUACCCAUGUCCAUCAGCUGUCCUCUGUGGACAUCCAGCUUUCUGCAACAGAAGAACCACUGAUUCUGCUGUCUGUGUUUCACCACUGUGUACAACAAUACUAGUACUUACAUAUGUAACACAGGUGGUACUAGUACUACUGUGUACUACUAUGAUACUGGUCUACAUCUGUAACAGUGGUACUUGUAAUACUAUGAGACUGGUCUACAUCUGUAACAGUGGUACUUGUAAUACUAUGAUACUGGUCUACAUCUGUAACAGUGGUACUAGUACUACAGUGUUACUACUAUGAUACUGGCCUACAUCUGUAACAGUGGUACUAGUACUACUGUGUUACUCUUUCGUUAGUCCUAAUCCAGGUCUCAGGACCAUAGGUGAGCCCUGGACCAGUAGACCUCCAGCUCAGCUUCAUCUCAUCAGACCAGAUUAGCGUCCUCAUCGCUACACCAGCCCAGCCGUCCAUCCCUUCAUGAUCUCCAUUGAGACGGACUCCCGAUCCACUUUUUCCCAAUUCACAACUAACUGGUAUAAAGGACGCGCUCCAGCAGCCAUUGUUGACUUUGGUCUUAUUGUGCUCUGCUCAGAUGUUCUACAAAGCUGUAAUAAUAAAAUAAAUGUAUUUUUUAUCUGG